AUGGUCGACGAACUCUUGAAAACGAAUGAUUUGGAAAUAGUCCUUGUCGAUCACAACGAACCAACUGGUCUCUUGAAGCAAACUUUCAGUUCGAAUAAAGUGUCGCUGAUUAUCGAUCAUCACCCAGAAAACGCUGCGAACAUUUUAUCUUGUGAGAAAAGGAUUGAGCUCGUGGGUAGUUGCUCGAGUCUCGUGGCGGAUUAUGCGAUGAAAGCUGCUGUCAAUUUACCCGACGAUGCGCGGGAACUUAUCGCAAGCGCCAUUGUGAUAGACACGUCUGGCUUCAGCCCGAUUCAGGCACUUUAG